AUGGCGGCGCCGCCUUUGCUGCACCUCACAUCACCGCAAGGCCCUUCACCUCCAUCACCCUACGCCGCCCUUCCCGCUUCUUAUGUCCUUCGACCCGCACUGUCCUCGCUAAGCGCUGCUCCAGUAACGGCCGUAACUUCGGUCACACGCCCGUACGCACCACACUUGGCUGUGCCUUUCACGAGUAGCGCGCAUGGCAGGCUAGGGGGAAGCGCCGGGGCAGGGGGGGGCAGUGUACCGGCAGCAGCGGCGGCAGGUGCGGCGGAAGGAAAGGCGGCUCUUGCUGUACCUGGGCUGGGGGAAGGGAAGGAGGGUGCUGCCAUCGUAGGCAAGAAACGGGAGGCAGGGGGGGCAGCGGCAGGCCCAGGGAAGGGGAAAACAGAGGGGGAUGGUUCCGGGAAGGCGGUGGUGGGGGCGUCAGGGAAGGGCGGGGCGGGGGAGGCGGUAGCAGGGGGAGGGCAGGGCGGGGAGGAGGCGUCGGACAUGGCGAUUCUGAGCACGCUGGCGCAGUACCUGUGGCCCAAGGACAACCCCGACUACCGCCGCCGCGUUGCCGCUGCCCUCACUCUGCUCGUCUCUGCAAAGUUGUUGAACAUCCAGGUGCCGUUCCUCUUCAAGCACGCCAUAGACAGCCUGUCAGCAGCAGCGGGGGCCACGGGCGCCACAGCGGCGGCAGCAGCAGCCACAGCAGCUUCAGACCCGCUCUUCUUUGCGCUCUUCACCACGCCCUCCGCCAUGCUGCUCGGUUAUGGCCUAGCACGUGCUGGUGCUUCUGCGUGCAAUGAGCUGCGCAAUGCGGUGUUUGCGAACGUGGCACAGGGCACCAUUCGCAAGGUUGCGAGGCAGGUGUUCCUGCACCUGCACGACAUGGACCUCUCCUUCCACCUCAGUCGGCAGACGGGGGCGUUGAACCGAACGAUAGACCGGGGCACGAGAGCCAUCAACUUCAUCCUCUCCUCCAUGCUCUUCAACGUCUUCCCUACACUGCUCGAGAUCGGGCUGGUAUCCAGCAUCCUGGCGUACAAGUUUGGCCCCUCCUUUGCUGUUGUCACAGGCGCAACAGUCACAGCGUACACUGCGUUCACCCUCGGAAUCACACAGUGGCGCACCAAGUUCCGGCAGCAGAUGAACAAGGCGGACAACGACAGCAGCUCUCGCGCCAUCGACUCCCUCAUCAACUACGAGACAGUGAAGUAUUUCAACAACGAGGAGCAUGAGGCCGCCAUGUACGACACCUUCCUCAAACGGUACGAGGUAGCGGCGCGCAAGACGCAGAGCAGCCUGUCGCUGCUCAACUUCGGGCAGAACGCCAUCUUCAGCGCUGCGCUUGCCUACACCAUGGUCAUGUGCGGCCAGGGCAUUGCCGCUGGCCACAUGACCAUUGGCGACCUCGUGAUGGUGAACGGGCUGUUGUUCCAGCUGUCGCUGCCGCUCAACUUCCUGGGCAGUGUGUACCGCGAGACGCGCCAGAGCCUCAUAGACAUGCACCACAUGUUCUCCCUGCUCAACCUGAAGCCAUCGGUGACGGACAUACCGGAUGCACGGCCUUUGGAGCUCAAGGACAGCAGCAUCUCAUUCCACGACGUCACAUUCGGGUACCACGACGAGAAGCCAAUUCUGAAUGGCGUGUCGCUGCAUGUGCCGGGAGGGAAGAGCCUCGCCAUCGUUGGUCCCAGUGGCAGUGGCAAGUCAACGGUGCUGCGUCUGCUCUACCGCUUCUUUGAUGUCGACUCUGGAAGUAUAACGGUGGACGGCCAGGACAUCCGGCAAGCGACAAUCAACAGCCUGCGCAAGUCCAUAGGGGUCGUGCCUCAAGACACUGUCCUAUUCAACGACAGCAUCAUGUACAACAUCCGCUACGGCCGCCCAUCUGCCACGGAUGAGGAGGUGUACGAGGCGGCACGGCAGGCGGCCAUUCACGAGCAGAUCCUGGAGUUCCCCAAGGGCUAUGACACCAUGGUGGGGGAGCGCGGGCUCAAGAUAAGUGGAGGGGAGAAGCAGCGAGUGGCACUCGCAAGAACGUUCCUUAAGGGAGCUCCAAUUCUGCUGUGUGACGAGGCCACAAGUGCGCUGGACAGUGUCACGGAGGGUGCCAUUCUCACGGCUCUGCAGAGCCUCGCUCGCAACCGCACCUCCAUCUUUGUCGCUCACCGCCUCACCACCGCCAUGCAGUGCGACGAGAUUGUGGUGCUGGAUGAGGGGCACAUCGUAGAGCGCGGCAACCACGCAUCGCUGCUCGCACUCAACGGCACGUACGCUGACAUGUGGCGCCAGCAGAAUCGCCCGCACGGGGAGGACGCAUGCGAAGGGGAGGAGGGGGGCGAGGGGGAGCGCCGUGGAGUUAGUGCGAGUGAGCAUGAUGGGGACCGGUUGGCAGUGGUGCUGGGAGGGGAUGAUGAUGGGGUGGCGCAUGGUAAGGCCGACAAGGCAGGCAACGCCGCUGCUGGUGUGGAUGGCAGUGGUCGGCCGAUAGUGCAUGGCACUGCUGCGAGGGCAUCGUAG